GGAAAAGGACAAAGAAAAUGUUCCUCUUCUAACACUACAUUCUUGAGCAGGCUUGCAAGCACACAGAGAAUUUCAUCAGCCAUGGAUGGCAAGACAAACGUGAAGUCCAUCAUGGCAAAGUUUAGUAACAACCCCGCCGAGGAGGUUCACAGACAAAUCAGAGUUGCAGGACAACCUUCAUUGGUCACGAGACCUCCAUUUGACAAAUUUAGCCACCUGGAAAAUGCCGGUGCACCUCCCAGACCCAGCAACCUUCACAAAUCUCCAUCUUUUAAACCUCCUUUGGGCAUCAAACCUCCUCUUCCUGACACAUCAGACAAGGAUCCCAAGCCUUCGAAGAACGUGGCCAGCAAGGUUGCAGCACUGGCCCAAGCAGCGAGCAGGGAAGCUAAUGAAAAACCUGGAUUCCCUAGGCCUUUGGGUCCCAAACCUACCAAUGGAUUAAAAGACGAAUCCAAACCAGGGUUCCCAAAGCCUCCUGACAACAGAUUGCCAGGCUCUACACAUCCAAAAAAUGAAUUCAGGCCUCCUGGAGAACUCAGGUCAAGUGUUAAACCUGUAUCCCAAGACAAUGCGUUUCAGAAGAUAGCUGGAAUUAAAGAAAAAAUUACUGCAGCCUCACAGGAAAAUGACUUCAAACCUCCUUUUCCAAAGCCACACCUUGGGAAAAAACCAAGCCCACAUUCCAUCCCCAAUGAAGAGGCUUCCAACAAAAACGGCUUCUUGAAUCAGGCUUCUCCAAGCCCACUAGGACCCAAACCAAAACUCAACUCAUUUCCAUUGAUCAAGGAUGCCGAGGGAAAGAGCAACAACAACAAAGGAACGGAUUCCAUGGCUGCCCCUUUUGCUGGUGUAGCUUUGAAACACGGCAGUAACCAAGGUAACCUGUCUCAAGUCCUCCAGAAAUCUUAUGGGCAGCAGAAUAAUGAAGAUGCAAGGUCGAGUGUGCUCAAGAAUAUUAUCAGACUCAAUCAAGAGGAUUCUGGGUCACCUUCUGGAACACCUCCACCUGCUACAUUUGUCAGUUCACCUAGAGUGGCUACAACAGGAUCUUGGGCCAGUAACUCUGAAAAAGAAGAGAAAGACAAGAAUCUGCCAAAACGAAAGGCAUUGCCUCCACAAUUCAAAUUAGGCCCACCCCCACAGAAACCCAGCAGGCCUCCAACAGUGGACCUGGAAAAAUUCCGGAAACGUAAUGGAGAAAGCUGUAACAAGUCCCAUACGGCAGGUUUACCCCCUUCACUUCCACCAUCCAUUUCUGUCACGCAAGCCACUAACCCACAGCUACCACCGCCUCCGCCUCCAUCAGCUUCCCAUCCAUCAACACAAGCUCCAGUUCUUCCUCCAAGAAACAUCAAGCCAAGAGAAAACGAAGAAAGCUAUGAUGAUGUUGAAUUUGAUUCAGGAGCAGAUGGAAAUGCAGAUGAGACUCUAAACAGUGACGGGGAGAUGUAUGAAGAUAUAAAUGAUGUGAGAGCUACGUCUAGAGAUGAUGAAAGGAAAAGGGAGAAAGAAGAAAGGAAAAAAUCUGACAAAGAACAAAAGGAGAAAGAGAAAAAAGAGCAGGACAUCAGGAAGAAGUUCAAACUAGUGGGUCCCAUUGAAGUUAUUCACCAGGCCCGAGCUUGCACAGACUUCAAAGGAGGGAAGUAUGAUCUGACAUUCAAGCAAGGAGAUAAAAUUGAAAUCAUCCGCAUCACAGACAAUCCAGAGGGAAAAUGGCUGGGAAGGAAAGGAGGCUCCUAUGGCUACAUUAAAACAACCAUGGUGGAAAUUGACUAUGAUUCAUUAAAAAGAAAGCCACGGCCUUCCGUCAACAUUCCACCAAGGCAGGCAGACAGUGACCAAGAAGUGUAUGAUGAUGUUGGGGACCAGGAUAGCAUCAGCAGUGGAGGUCAAGGUGCGGCAGGAGUGGGAUUCCCACCUCCUCCUCCCCCUGAUGACAUUUAUGAUGGAGCUGAGGAUGAUGACAAUGUACAGACAAGGUCUGUAUCACAGGAUGAAGAUAAGAGUGACUCCUGGCCCCUGGGUUUUUUGAAGAUUUUAAAGGGAAAAGAUUACCAAAAGAAAAGUGUACGAGAGACAGCAACUCAAAUCAAUGUGACAGAAGAUAAUGGAGGCCCCCCCAGGACUUACUUUGCAAAGCAAACAGGGAAGGAUUCUGGUGACAGUGAUGUGUAUGAUGACGUAGAGCUAACUGACUUCCCUCCUCCACCAAAAGAAAUUAACCUAGGGAUAAAUAUGAAGUCCCUGAGCUUUGGGAGAGCCAAAUCAGAUGAACGUGAUUCACAGAAACUCAAGAAGAUGGACAAAGAGGAGAAAGAGUUCCGAAAGAAGUUUAAAUAUGAAGGUGACAUUCAAGUUCUGUAUACUACAACCAUAUCCCGAGCACCAUCUUUUAAGAAGAGAGGCUCAAAAGACCUACAAGUGAAGCCAGGAGAAUCUGUUGAUGUUAUUAAAAAUGUGGACGAUACUAAAGUCCUGUGUAGGAAUGAAGAAGGAAAAUAUGGCUACGUCAGGAGAAGCUGCAUAGCAGAUGAUGAUGAAGAAAUCUAUGAUGAUAUUGCUGAUGAUGGCUGCAUAUAUGACAACGAUUAGCUGCAGACCUCGUCUCUUCUUGAGCUUUAUCAUCUCUGAAUCUCCCAGUGGUUGACACAAGAGUGAUAUUUAUUAUUCACAUUGGUUGUUGCAUAAGUACAAAAGAUUUGGCUAAGCUAUUCCACCAGUUUUUGGACUGCAGAGCAGGUCUCACAAUGAAGGCAUGACAGUGUUGCUGGGUGUGUCACUAUUUUCCUUGAUCAGGGCCACGAAGUAGACCUCUAAACCAUCUCCCUCCUCAGCCAGUAUGAUGCAAGACACUAUUAAAUCAUUCAGGCCAACCACCCAGUUCUCAUUUUGCAAACUUUCUAAUAUUUUACAGAUGAAAUUAGGGGCACUCAUGUGUAAUUGUUACACCCGUGUUCCGGUCACUGCCUGAAGCACCCCAGAUUCAUUACAGUUCUCUACCUCUUGUACAUUGUGCUCAUUUGCUCAUCAGUAGGUCCAAUGCUGCCUUCAGAGGCAGGGUGCAAUAUCAAACUGACCAUAAGUUUUGUUUAUAAAAAGAACUUAAGAAGUGUAAUCUCACAACAAAACCGGAUGUACUUAUAAUCCAAUAGCUUCAGUUCAAGCACAUUCAGCACCCACCCACUUCCAUCUUGGGACUAUUUCAUUGAAAGACAGUUUAGCCCUUUUCUAAAUUUAAAAAAUAAACAAACCAUAUUUACUAUUUGUUUUAUGGGGUGGAACAAAGCAGUGUGCUGGCUUUUUGGAGCAUGUAUUUUGCGUGCACACGUGUUUAUGUAUAUCACAUCUGCAUGUUAAUUUUGCAUGCAGGGGUAUGAGAUGCAUCCAUGCAUGUUACUGUGCAUUACAAGACUCUGAGAGACAGAGAUUGAAGUCUGAAGAAUUCUUCCACAUUUGUGCAAGAUAAUAAAUUUUUAAAAAAAGCACCUUAAUAUCGCUCCAAAAAGCAAAAAUAGAUACAAAAUAGACAGUUUUCCCCCUAAGCCCAGUCACAUACCAAAUAAUAGGGACUAUCUCUGAUAGAGACUGUUGAAACACGCAAAUAUUAUCUAUGAAGAUUUGCAUAGUUCCACCCUCUUUUCCUUUGAUCCACCUCUCCCUCCCCAAUAAGAAUAAUAGUGAGCACUUUGAGGUGGGCAUUGGCUUUUUCCAUUUCAGAUGAGCUGGGGGGGGGCUUGGGCAUUGUGCUGUUGAUUUGAACUGCCUAUAUCAGCUACACUGCAGAAAAUGCAAGAAAAUGUUUCCUAUCCAGUUCAGUCUCCAUCAUAAUGGUUUAAUCUUGUAUCAAAAUAUGUCUGUUUGAUAUUUUGUAGAAAAGAGUGGGUAAAAGGCUCCCACGCAGUAGUACUUGUUCAGCAGACGAAUACUACAAAUACUACAAUACUUGUGACAAUGAAUGCCAAAGUCUGCAUAAUACAUUAGAAAAAAAACACAUCACACUUUUAAUAGUACAGGUUGCAAUAUGACAGGUUUGUGUGCACCCAUAUUCAUAGGCUGGUGCAGUAAUUAGUAAUAACACUGAUCAGAGGAGAAAGGAACAAGAAUAAAUUUAGCUGUCAGCCUCCCUAUCAAUAGUUGAUAAGCAGUAUUGCAAAUUGUGUGACCUGCAGUAUCUGUGUGCAGCCCUGGCCGCUGGAUCAGAGGAGAAACCACACCACACAAUCAAACACAUACUCACAAGUUUAUAUGCAUCACUCCUCACCAUAGCAUGACGCACGCGGUAGCCCCUAUCUGGACCAGAGUGACAGAGGACUUGGGCCACCCACACAGAAAACCAAGAAAUAUGUUUUCUAAAAUUAAGUUAUUCUGUAGCAGCAAUUACUCGAUUUAUUUUUAAAAAACUUCUAUGUGUGUUUUCAUUGAAUAGUUGUGAAUAUAAUUUAUGUAGUUUUCAAUCAUUUAUUUUACCCUACAUUCUGAGAUUCUAGCCUUGGCACCCAUGACGUAAUUAUAGUAGCAUGCUGCUAUGCCAUCAAAUACAUGCUAUAUAUAUAUGGAACAUUAUGUUUUUAUUUUCUAUAGAUUUUUAUUGUCUAAGCUAAUGGAGACUGCUCUUUGGAAUGGGAGCGGGCAAGGCAUAAGGAGUGACAUUAUUGUCCUGUUCUGUCACAGCUUCAGGCUCACUGGGGAAGCUGAUGACAGCAGAGCUAAGUUUCAGGUCUCUCAGACCCUGGGCAGAGUGCUGUAGAAGGUGAUGUCAGGAACAUUCUCACCCACAGAGACAGCUAUUGCCUUAGCUCAGGGCUGGGGAAUCUCAGGCCUGGGGUUCAAAACCCACCCUUCAAAUAUCUCUUUCUACAUAGCCCUCUGGACUCUUCCCCAGGACCUGCUCCCACCUGAGCCACUCACCCUUUCCCAAAGCCACACCCGUCACUGGCCACGCUUCACAGAUUCCUUGAGUAUUUUUGCCUGGCUGAAAUGUGUCCCUGAACUCUGACACUAUCUCUUGGUUGCCUGGAUGGAGGAUAGAGAGCAAUGUGAUAGUGGUGGGGAUGCUAGUCUGUGAAGACAAAAGGGUGGAUAGAUUGAGGGGGUUAGUGCUUUUAGGCCUUGGGAUGAUCAUCAGAACGGAUUACUUGGUUAGCGUGCACUUGGGGAAUGAGUGCAGAGCAGAAGACAGAUGAGUGCAUGCACACAAACACACCUGAUCCUCCUGCAAGCAUCUGAAGGCGUGCAUGCAUUUGGGCAUGUGGGAGGGGGAAGCCCUCAACUGUGACACCUUGGAGAGAGAAAUUGGGGGUGGUGGAGUGUAGGUGGAAGAAAGGGGGGGACUGGCAUACACACCUAGCCUCAGAGAUGGGGGGUGAGCAAGUCCUGAGGUUCCUCACUGUUCCUUGGCUCCAUAUGGGCCAAAGGUGAGAUCGGGGCAGCCUUGCAAAUAAGAAUCAUGUUUAAAAAGCAGGAAGGCUGCUGCCAGGAAGGAAGAGGGAAAGCAGCCUUUCCUUGCGGCCUUGCUUCUUUUGCUUCACAGAAAGCCCUCUCCUCUUGUUCUGAGUAAGGGCAGCAGCAGCAGCGGAAGUGUGAGGAGAUGGGAGUCAGUGAUAGUAAUCCCUUCUUCCUGAUAGCUCCACCUUCAGCCUCCUUUGGUGUCUGCCACGUGUUUUAUAGGCAGAUGCCUGCCCUCAGCAGGCCUGAAAGACACUCUCAUGCUUCAGCCAAAGUCCUCCCUUCUUGUUUGGAGAAACGGGGAGGUGUCAUCUGCAGCACCAGUGGGGAGCAGAACGCAUCCAGGGAGUGAAGAGUUUUUUUAAAAAAUUAAUAAAGAAUUCAUUUCUUUA